AUGAGGAUGCUGGUGAAGCUGUGCCCUUUGUUCUCGAGCAUGAAAGAGAUCGAGGAAGAGGUGAUAGAUCUGGCAGAUGUUAGAGGCGUCGAGGGAAUGUCUUUUGAUCCUCGAGCAUUGCGUAACUUCGUCAAUUCUAGGGCCAAUGCCCAGCCUCAGGGCCAGCCCCUGGCGAGGAAGAAAAGCAAGAAGAGGCCUCGAGGACCCCAAUCUAAUCACAUGGUGAGGGGUCCUGGUAAAAGAUCACGACCUCAACCAGAGCCACCGAGCCCAAGGUUCCAGCAAAGCCAGAGGUCUCCAACUUGUAGGGUCACUCCUCGAGCUCCCUCUGAAGUCGUCGAUCUCGAGGACGACAUUACUUCUAUGGUGGCUUUGAUUAUUGAGGAAUUUGAAAGAUGUCACUUGGUCCCGAGCCUGGUCACAAAAUACCGAGAAGAUGUUGAGCUUGAUGAGGGCGUCAAGGCCCUCGAGCUCUUUACAACGAAGGUUUUGAGUGUUGCUCGAGGAGUCACCCAACGAGGUCUUGGGGAGUCCAAGAGAAUUGCUGAUAUCACAGAGUCCUCGAGAAGUAAAGACAUGAGGAUUGUUGAGGUCGAGGCUGAGCACGAGGCUUGGCUGAAGGAGCGCGAGGAUAUCCUUAAGGAAAACAAGAAUUUGAGGAACGAGGUUGGGGCUGCGAAGGACGAGGCCGAGGAGGCUAAGCUCGAACUAGUGCGAAAGACCAAGGAGUUCGAGGACAAGAUGGCGAAGGUUAAGGAGCGAGCUUGGGAAGAGUUUAAGACAUCUGAGGACUGCGACAGGAUCAAGGGCGAGUACGCCUCGGGUGCCUACCUCCAUGCUUUUAAGGAGGCUCGAGCUUUUCUUCGAGCAAGGUUGCCCGACGUUAUCCCUAAGGACCUGAAGACAGUACCCUCCAUUGCUGAUACUCUCGAGCUCUCAGAGUUUGAUGAUGGGGGGGCGAAUGAGGAAGACGAUGGCAUGGAGGGGGGAGAGGCUGAGGAUGCAGAUGAUGAGAUCGACAUUACAAACCUCGAUCCCCCAUUGGGGCAUAUAGGCUAGGCAGAUCCCUCCCCGAUCCUCGUGCUCUGUAUUUCUUUUUGAAAUACUUUUUUGAAAUGUAAUCAAGU